AUUUGCCGAUCUCUAUCGUCCCAUGUCUUCCUUUAAGAUUGCCUGAAAAUUAUUAGCAAAGAUUUUUGUAAGUUAAUCUAUAGGUUUAUUUGUUGGAGAAAAUUAAAAAAUUAAAAAGAUUUAAUUCUACUUUAAACUAAAAGUUUACAAUUAAAGAGAAAUAAGCAAUUAUAUUUGUCUUUUUUUAAUUUUUGAUCAUGCAAUUAUAUAUCAGGUUGUGGGAAAUUUUUAUUUUUGAUCACAGAAAUAAGCAAUGCUUUAUAAAAAAUUAUAAAAAUUUUUAUUUAGAAUUUUAAAUAGAUUUGAAAGCAGUAAAUUUGUGUCGAUCGAAGGCCAUCUUGAACAACAGUAGCAUCAUCUUCUAUACGAUAAUCGACGUAAUUUUGAUUCUAAGCAAUCAUACACCCAUUGGAGGCAAAGGAGAGAGAAGGCCGAGAAGAAGAAUAUGGAGAAAGUGAUGAACAUGAUAAAGCCGAAACCAAACCCACAGCAGCAAUUGAGAGAUUGGCAGCGUAAACUCCGUCAAGAGUGUCGCAACAUCGAGCGCCAAAUCCGAGAUAUACAGAGAGAAGAGAAAAGUGUACAAAAAGCAAUCAAAGAUGCUGCCAAGAGGAAUGACAUGGGUUCUGCGAAGGCCCUCGCUAAGGAAAUUGUGCGAUCUAGAAGAACAGUAAACAGGCUUUAUGAAAAUAAGGCACAAAUGAAUUCUAUAUCAAUGCACCUUGGUGAAAGUGUGGCAAUUGCCCGUACAGUGGGCCAUUUAUCCAAGAGUGCUGAGGUGAUGAAGCUUGUUAAUAAUCUUAUGAAGGCUCCAGAAGUGGCUGCUACAAUGCUAGAGUUUAGCAAAGAAAUGACCAAGGCAGGGGUAAUUGAAGAAUUUGUGAAUGAUGCUGUUGACAAUGCACUGGAUUCCGAAGAUAUUGAAGAAGAAAUUGAGGAAGAAGUUGACAAGGUCUUGACUGCUAUAGCUGGUGAGACUGCUGCACAGCUACCAGAAGCAGUGAGGAAGGAGAGAGUGAAGCAAUCAGCUGGGACAGAAAGGACAGCCGAGGAGGAAGAAGCCAUUGCCGAGGGUGUUGAUGAUGAGGAAGAACUAGAAGAAAUAAGGGCUCGACUUGCCAAAGUUAGGUCUUAGUUUGACCCUUCGAGCACCUUAUCUUAUUCUGGUGAACUAAAAAGGGGCUUUGAGCACAUUUAACUUGCAUGUAGGCAUUGAUCAAUCACAAAUGAAUUGCUGACGACUGAAUUACUGAAACUCUGUUCACCAUUGACAGUGGGUACAUGAGAUAAUGAAAAAAAAAAUAAAAUUCUGUAUUAUAUAUUGAAAGCGGCUUUCCCCCUAUGUACACGAAAAGUUAUUAGCUGCUGUGGUAUCAUACCUAACAUAGGCAUUGUUGUCAAUGCCAUUCAAACUCCUUAUCUGUACUAAAAAAAAAAGAAAUGAUAUGCAAUUGAAUCAUUUUGUA